UCAGUUGUAAGCUGUAGCAGGUGGAGAGUGGAUGCAACUAGAGCAACAGUUUGCUACAAAUGAAAAGUUUAAAUAUGUCGUCGCAGAGUAUUAUACCCAACACGGUUAAUCCCGAUUUGCAGAAAGAACGCGAUUCUGCGAGUUUCAACAGCGAAGAAUUUGCCACUUGGUGGGCGGGCGGUGCAGAUGAACUGAAAUUUAAGCGGGGUAUCAAGGAAUACAUGUACAAGGACUUUGACAAAGAUGACUUCAUUCACUUGCAUUACAAGUCGCACCAAGAGAUCAGUGAAUUUGGUAUUCAAAACAGCAUUAAGGUGGCCAAAAAGCUCCGUCAGUUGCAAGCGGAGCGGAAUCCAGGUGGCGUCGAUUACUGGCCCACUCUCUUUGAGGCGCCCGAACUGUGGGGAGUGCAUUUGGCGGGAAAUCCCUUUGGCGUCAUGUACGUCAUGUUGGUGAGAGCCUUGAAGUCACAGUGCACACCCGAGCAGUGGGAGGAGUUCGGUAAACGUGUGGAACGCUUCGAAGUGACCGCCACCUAUGCCCAGACGGAGCUGGGACAUGGCACCUAUUUGCGGGGACUGGAGACUCGAGCGGAUUACGAUCGUGAAACGGAUGAGUUUGUGCUCAACUCACCCAAAAUAUCAUCCUACAAGUGGUGGCCAGGCGGUUUGGGACACGCCUCCAACUAUUGCCUGAUAAUGGCACAGCUGUAUAUUGAUAACCAGCUGAAGGGACCGCACAUGUUCUACGUGCAGGUGCGGGAGGAGGACACACAUGAGCCGCGUCCAGGUGUCCACAUUGGUGAGAUCGGCAAGAAGAUGGGAUUCAUUGGCGUUAACAAUGGUUUCCUGGGCUUGAAGGAUGUGCGCAUUGCCCGCACCCGCAUGCUAAUGCGUCAUGCCCAGGUGCACAGCGAUGGCACCUAUGUGAAGAGUCCCGCCGAUGUCCUCACCUACUUUGCCAUGGUCAGCACCCGCUGCAUUAUUGCCCGCAAUUGUGCCCUGGCUCUGGCCAUGGCUUCCACCAUUGCCACACGUUAUGCUGCAGUGCGUCGACAGAGUCCCAUCAAUCCCAAAUUACCCGAACCACAGAUCAUUGAUCAUGUUACCCAGCAGCUGAAACUGUUCCCGGAGAUUGCCACGAGUGUGGCAUAUCGGCUGGCCUACGAUUACCUGUGGAAUCUGUUCAAUGUGACCAGCAGUGGCAUUGACCAGGGCAAAUAUGAGCACCUGCCGGAGCUGCACUCCCUUUCCUGCGCCUUGAAGGUGCUCAGCUCCAUGGAUGUCAACGCUGGAAUUGAGCGAGUUCGAUUGGCCUGUGGUGGUCAUGGGUAUCUCAACUCAACCAAUCUGGGCAACCUUUAUGUGAACCUAACCGCUGCAUGCACCUACGAGGGAGAGAACACUGUGCUUCUGCUCCAGAUUGGUCGUUACCUGAUGAAAUCUUGGCGGGCAGCACUUAAAGGUGCUCCCUUGGCUCCAACCGUUAGCUACUUGGCCGAUGUACAGAGGAGUCCAGAGUUUGGGGAAUGGACGGGCAGCUGGGAGAACCUAGUUAAGGCCAUGCAAUUUACGGCCGCCAAGAAGACCGAACUGGCCUUUAAUAGUCUGUCCAAGCGUAUUGCCAAUGGCGAAUCCGAGGAGGAGGCCGCCAAUCACACGGGCAUUGAGCUCACCCAGGCAGCUGAGAUCCAUGGUCGUGCCUUUGUAUUCCACUCGUUUGUCAAUGAGAUCAGUGGACCAAAGUCCAAGACGCGUUCGUCGGCGUUGAACCGUGUGUUGGAACAACUGUUGGAACUGUACCUGGUCAAUGCCAUCCUGAAGAACCUGAGCGACAUUCUACGGUUUAUCAACUUGACGGGUACCGAUUUGAGCAAACUGCAAACCCGACUGGAGACAGCAUUGACCAAGUUGCGUCCAGACGCGGUGGCCAUUGUGGAUGGUUUCGAUUUCUCCGAUCGUCAGUUGAAUUCCACCAUCGGCUCCUUCGAUGGCAAUGCAUAUGAGCGACUUUUCGAUGCGGCUCUCAAGUCCCCAAUGAACCAGAAAUCUGUGCCAAAGAGUUUCCACGAACACUUGGGACCUUUUAUGAAAUCCAACAUGUAAUGUUAAUACUGUACAUUGGACCAUUUUUAUAAUUUGUACCUUGUAAAUCGUUAUCAUAAAGUGCAAUACUUUUUUAUGUUAUCUGGGUCAUUAAUGCUCUUAAAUGAAUUGUAAACAACAA